UUUCCUAGUUUCGAAGUACGUUCCACGAACGAUAGGGUAUUUCGGGCGCGCGCGCGAUAACUUUUAUCGAAUUGCUUUAUUUUUCAUGUCGCGAUAACGAAUUUUUCUAUUCUAUUUUCCCGGCACCCUAGAGAGGGUUUUUUUUUCGUCGUCGUCGUGUAUUUCGCUCCUCGAGUAUAUUCUGUUGUUGUUUUAUCGUUGGUUUUUUUUCUCUUUCUUUCCUUUUGUCGAAAUCGAUUCGAAUUCGAACCGGAAAAUUGGUCAUCACGACUGCACGAAUCUUCUCGCUGAUUGAUCUAAUUCCAGCAGAGGUUUUUUUUAUCCGGUAUUAAGCUUUUGCGUAUAUGUAAAUGUUGCUCGUUCGGAGUUUUAAUUGAUCAGAUUUAUUACUGUGAAAUGUCACUCGAUAAACGCGUCUUAAUAACGUUGCAAAUUUUUUCAAAUUCGAUCGUUCGUACUGUUACGCUGUGAUUUUUUUCUGUUCACUUUAUUAUCUGUAGAAAGUUUUUCUGUUUGAAAUUGUUUUCAAUUGUUAUGUGUGAUUGCUGAAUACCUGCAUCAAUCUGCCGACGAGGAUUAUCGUAACCAUCACGAUCCAAAAAGGUGCAACCAACACCAGGGUGGGAGGGCGAUGGAGAUGACGAGCGCGGUGGAGACAGCACCUAGUCACCACCGAGCUUGGUACGAAGCGGUUGGCGUUCCAGGAUCUAGAAGCGUGAACGACGAUUCGGUCACGGAUAGUAUGACUUCUUCGGUCGUCGAACAUAUGAGUUCCUUUUUCGCAGCGGCCCAUCAUAAUUCGGCCGCGGCUGCAGCCCUCGAUUCGGCUCCUCGAGAUUACCGAUCGACCGGAUCGUAUCCUAGAGAUAUGCUCGUAUCGUCCAGAUACUAUCAUCAGCAUUCGCCUUACGCAUCGGCUGCAGUAGCAUCUCACGCAGCAGCCGCAGCAUCCAGAGGCGUCUGCCGACCUCACCAUUUCGCUCACCACAGCUCGCUGCACCCUUGGCUGAGCCAAAGCUCCGUCUCAUCCUCAGACACCAAGCAAUCUCCCCACGGCAACAGCUUCGGCAGUAGUUGGUGCUCUGCAUUCAACGGCACCGGCGGCAGUGGCGGAGGUAGUGGUGGCAACAGCGGGGGUGGCGGAGGCAACGACGAACCCUUAACCAAAUCCGAACACCAGCAUUCCAGUUCAUCGUCGCAUCCUAUGUUCAGCUUUCCGCCGACGCCGCCCAAAGACGCGACGCCCGACUCGGUGACCGCAACGUCCACCAUACAGACGUCCACGUCCACCUCGUCCAACGAGUAUACGAACGCCAUCGCUCACGCCGCUUCCAUGGGCGUAUUCCUGCAUCCGGAGCAGAGCGGCUCUUGCGAUAUCAAACCGAUGCUGAAUUCGGUUUCUUCCAAACAAAGAGAAGGUACAAAUUCAUCUUCUGGUAGCGCCUCCCCAAAUAGUUCCUCUUCGCAUAUGGUUCCUGCGUAUCAACCUUAUCAAGAUUCCUAUCCUCCUUAUUCCUCGUUUCACCAUCAUUCGCAUCAUUCCUCGUCCUCGUCCAUGUUCUCACCGUCGUCCAAGCAUACGGCUAAUUCGGCCUCGUCUCCGAAUUCGUUGAAUCAUUUAGGUAAAUCGUCUUCUUCGACGACGUCUAGAAAUAAAUCAAGAACUAGCGCCGAAGGCCGAGAAUGUGUAAAUUGCGGGGCAACGUCGACGCCGUUAUGGAGGCGAGAUGGUACUGGUCAUUACCUUUGUAACGCUUGCGGCCUGUAUUACAAGAUGAACGGACAAAAUAGGCCUUUAAUCAAACCAAAAAGAAGACUGGUAAGUUCGUUGCAAUCUGCUGCCAGAAGAGCGGGUACCAGUUGCGCUAAUUGUAAAACAACAACAACAACUUUAUGGCGGCGGAAUCAAAAUGGUGAACCAGUUUGUAACGCUUGCGGAUUGUAUUACAAAUUGCAUAAUGUUAAUAGGCCGUUAACCAUGAAAAAAGAAGGUAUUCAAACGAGGAAUCGUAAACUAUCGUCCAAAUCGAAGAAGAAAAAAGGAUCGGGUAGCUCAUCGUGUCUAUCGCUGACCGGCGUGAUGACCGAUAUGAUCAAGCCGCUCGAUCCGAGCCUCGGUGGAGCCGGUAAGGGUGGCUUCGGAGGAGGUUUCGGAGGCCCUGGACACCAUCACCUUAGCCCGUCCACCUUACAUUCCCACCAUGCCAUGUCGCACUACAUGUACCAAACCUACAACCACCAGUCAAAUUUACACCACCAUCACCACCAUCAAGGUUUCGUGGCACCGGGACCGCCAGGACCGCCGGUAGCGCCGCCAGCAAUGCAUCACCAUCCUAUGUCCUCGCUGACCGGUCUCGGCUUAUCGGCUUCCUCCAAUAAUAUGGCCAGUUGGAGAACGGAGUAUACCUGAUUAAACAAUAAUUACGAUAUAUAAACACAGAAUUGAUCUCAGAGACAAAUUCUACGUGUUUAAGUUUAUUUUUCUUUAAUUUUCUCUUGUAUUUAUUUUUUUUUGAAAUGUAUUUUUUUUCUUUGGUUUUGCUAUACCCGUAAGUCUAUGUUUCUAUUUUUUUCGUUUGUUUUUUCUCCUUUCCUUUCUGAUUUCUCUUCCUUUUGUUAUGUAGUGUGUGAGUUAUAAUAUGAGAUAAAAUGUUUUUAUUUUAUUCUUUUGAUCUGUACGAUUAGCUCCGCCUGCCUCAAUAUAAAUGCCAAUGCAGGCGGAUCUAUCUACAACUUAUAUUAUUAUAAAUGAACGAAUUCGCGGUUUGUUUUCGUUUUUCUUUUUUCUUUUUUUUGAUUGUUUUAUUUUAUAUUCAUAUAUAAAUAUACCAAAGGUUUUUUUCAGUGGUGCGUUUAUACGUGUACCCUUUACCAUUCCCCCUUUUUCCCUUUUACCUAUACUGUUCCCUUACCCAAAGAAAUUUUUGUGCCGGUGUAAAUUUCGGUUAUGAUUAUUUUUAUAAGAACAUAUCAAUUUUUAGAGUAAAAAUCAAAGCGCGCGCGACCUCCUACAAGGGUUUUUCACCAUUAUACGAAAAUCAAAUUAAUCUAGUUAAUGAUUAUUACCACCAAUUCAACGAGCUUAUUACUCAAAUUUCCAAUUUUAAUAGGGUUUCAUUAUAUUUUCGUGUCCUUGUAAUUUUCAAAUGUGGACAAAAACACUUCAGUGGGGAAAAAACAACUUUUCCAAGAGCAUGAAAAAAAUUUCAUGGAAGAACAAUGGUAAAUUUUUUUUCUUUGAAAGUGAUUUUAUUUUUUCGUUUGAAAUUCUCAAACGACUUGUCAUUUACUUAAAAAGCCAAAAUUCAAGUUCCAUUCUGAUCAUAAUAGGUAUUUCAAUAAUCCGCAAAUCAAAUAAAUUUUUACCAAUUUUCGUGACAAAAACUGGCAAUAAAAAAUAAUUUCUUCAUAACUUCGUCAAAAAAAUACAAUUUGAUGAUCUUCUUUCCUCAUCAUCACAACCUAUGGAUCCUUUCCUUCAAAGAAAAUACAUCUCGAGUGGGAAAAAAAAUUAUCAAAGUCCGCUCUUCCAAACCCUCACUUUUUCUACCAACCCAUCCAAAAUAAAACUCUCAACAGGGUAACGAGAAACGCGCAUUAUGGUACGAGAAGAAAAAAAAACGCGGAAAAUCAUUAAUUAAACCUAAACAUUUGUUUUUAUGAAACAUGCUUUCAUUAAAUUUUAAUAAUCUUAGUAAUUGUUAUUGUUGUUAUUUGAAUUCGGUUACAGUUACUGGGCCUAGUCUAUAUAAAAAAAAAUGUUUCUUUGUAUAUAAGUUUGUAUUUAUGUAAAUUAUUAUAAAAAUUGUGUAAAAAAAAUUUAUCCUGUGGAAGAAAAUUUGAAUCAAACGAUUUCUGUGUAAAAAUACAGUCGAAAAAAAAUUAUUCGAUGUGAGAAAUUUUCAGUUUUUUGGGGGGCUUAAGAGAAAAAAAAGCCAGUCGAAUCCCACACGUCGGUAUAUUUUCGGUCGAAUCGUGUACAAUAUACUUACUUGCAACUUUUGGUUUCACACGUACAUUUAAAAAAAAACACUUUUUUGCCAAGGUUCUUUGAAAAAAUUAUUGGAACAUAAAAUUUCUCGUUUGUAAUGAUAUUGGUUGACACAUCGUAAAAAAUUCAAGUACACAGUACCACCUAUAGAUAGGUAUUACCUACCUAGAUACCUACCUACCAACGUGAAAAAUGUACACGUUCGGUCGAAAAGAUACGCAUUAUAACGACGUAUUUCCUGAUAAUUUAGAUAUAUAUUUAUUUUUCUCUCUCUCUGCGUGUAAUAAUAAUAUCUAUUACGUAUACAAACAGAACAUACAACAAAACGUGCAAUUUAGUUUUUAAGGCGGGUUUUAUAUUACUAUACGUGUAUUAAGAGUAUCAUAUGCAUGCGAUGGUAUGAUCGGAAAUUUAAUUUCUGUGAAAUUUUUUCUCUUUUAUUUUCUUUCAAACCACCGCGUAAAUUAAAUACCAAUCGAGCAUUUACCUUUGUAAAAAUUGAAAAAAAAAAAACCUUUACUAUUAUAAUUUCGAAUGUGUAUAAAAAAAUUGAAAAAAAAUAAAGAAAAAGUUUUCAAAUAA